AUUUCAUCAAGGAGUCAACUUCUCUCUGCACAGCGCCACCACACUACCCAAGACCAAUACGCAAGGCAAGGUAGAAGCAGCUUGCGCUUCUCAGCCACUUGCUCGACGACCCAGCUCCGCAAUGUUGGGCUUCGGCGCGUUCAAGACUUCCAGUCCAGCCCUUGGCGGGCUCUUAUGGAAAGUACCCUGGAGACUCAGUGCUCCUCGAAAAGCCAGGGUCAGAUCUCGAUUGCGCGCAGUGGACGAUGUGAUCUCUGCGGUUCAAAGAUCAGGGGUGGAAUGCGCUGCUUUGGACAGGGCGCUGGCUCUGCCCAAAGAGCACGAGAUGCUGCCAAGGGACAAGUACACGACCUUUUCAAAGUCUGCAAAGGGAUACCGGAAGGGCGUGCACAAAGUGCCCAAAUGGACCAGGAUCACCCUGAGAGAGAACCCGCGCGGGUUCUGAGCUCAGCGCCUACGCGGAGCCUCUCUACAUCUACCUCCAAUUGCCAUUUCGCAAUCACAUCGACCGCGUUUUCGGAGGUCUGUACAACAAUAUAUGCAAUGCUUGCCUCGC